GGAGACAAAGGAGAAGCAACAUACAAAAGUAAUUGGAACAUUCGGAUAUUUAGCUCCAGAGUAUGCUGAAAGUGGGGGAGGUGACUGAAAAGGCUGAUGUAUAUUCCUUCGGUGUAGUACUCUUGGAGCUUGUUUCUGGGCGAAAAACAGUGGAUAUUAACCGGACUAAGGGCCAACAAUGCCUCACAAAAUGGGUCACCCGUGUAUACAAGGAGAAGGAACAUACUGAAGUUGAGUUUAUCAUAAUAAUUUUAUUCCCUUUUGAUUUAAUAUUGAACCUAUCCCUAUAUAUAGAUGAUGGUGUUGGGAAAGAAAUAACAACUCAAAUCACAAGUGCCUCGAAGACAAACAAAACAUUCUAUACGGAUUCUAACAGGAAAAACUUCAUUAAAAGGGUUCGUGUUUUCAGAACAGAUUGGGAGCUGCAAAUGAAUGAACCAGUUGCUGGAAAUUAUUACCCAGAGGGGAUUGAAAUUCCUCUCCAGUCUCAUGGAAGACAAUUGAAGAGAUAGGGGCCUAUUUAGUCUCGCCAGCAAUGGGAGCUCAUUUUGUUAUGUAUAUUGCAAAGAUGCAAGAAAGUUCAAAAUCAGGGCUACCUCCUAAACAUGUUGAGAGGUUUGUAUUUUUUGUUCAAGGUUUGGUGAUUCUCACUAAUGUUUCAGGAAUUUGCCAAACACUAAUGGUAGACUCGUUUGCUUACCUACCUCCUAACUCAAAGCAUCACUUUAGGAGUUAUGAAUCUUCUACACUUGUUGUAUUUGAAAGAAGGUAUGCUUACCUAGAAGAUCAUAUUCCCAAGCCAAUUGUUGGCUCCACCAAUCAGCAACCACUUCUUGAUACCCCUGGAGAGGUAUUCCAACUGAGGAAGCUUCUUCCUACAUCUCUGCCUUACGACUUCAACAUUCAUAUCAUGGACUUCCAACCUGGCGAAUUUCUUAAUGUAAAAGAAGUCCAUUUUAAUCAUCAUGGUUUGUUACUUCUAUAAGGACAAGGCAUUUAUCGUCUGGGUGAUCACUGUUACCUUUAGGUUUACCAAUCCAACCUACAUUUCACAUUCCCUAGUAACUGAUUCACUAGGAUCCAUCAAAGGCUCUAUCUUUCAGCUGAAGAGAACUAUCCCGUUUGAUUACUGAUAAAUUGAUGGUCAUUCAUAUUUGUAUGUAUUUCUUUAUCUAUCCCCUCAAAAUGAAAUUGUAUCUCAAUUAUUACAGUUUCAAACUGAGAAGAAGCAUUCAGAUUGUCUAGAUGUCUUAAGCGAGACACACAACAGAGCCUCAGAUCAGAAGAUCCAGAUUGGUGCUGAUCCAGGGAAGCAUAAGGUAUCAAAACAAACAACCACAGUGUUAGAAGAAUCAAAAGAUGUGACUAACGAGCAACAAGAAUCUUCCCUUAAAAAACAGAAAAG